GCUGGGGCUGAGCUGGGUCCGGGCGGCACUACAUCUGAACAUUACACGGGAGAUGGAGCCGGGGAGCGCCCCUCACUGACCGCACACACCGUGGAGCCCCCCGGAGGAUCGAGCUCCCCGGCCCCGGCGGCUGCAGCCAUGAACGCGGCGGAGGGCACGGAGGAUGGCGGCGGCGGAGGCGGCACUGAUACCGAGGUGGACGCGUUUUUCCGGACAGGCUCUUUCCGGAAUGACGGCCUGAAAGCUACUGAUGUCCUGCCCACAUUGAAGGAGAAAGUGGCCUUUGUCUCAGGAGGCCGCGAUAAGAGAGGAGGCCCGAUCCUGACCUUUCCCGCACGGAGUAACCACGACAGGAUACGACAAGAAGAUCUGCGCCGGCUGGUGACGUAUCUAGCCAGUGUGCCAAGCGAGGAUGUCUGUAAGCGCGGGUUCACGGUCAUCAUCGACAUGCGCGGAUCCAAGUGGGACCUGAUCAAGCCGCUCCUGAAGACCCUGCAGGAAGCCUUCCCGGCCGAGAUCCACGUGGCGCUGAUCAUAAAACCGGAAAACUUCUGGCAGAAGCAGAAAACUAACUUUGGCAGCUCCAAAUUUAUCUUCGAGACCAGCAUGGUGUCGGUGGAGGGGCUGUCCAAGCUGGUGGACCCCUCUCAGCUGACGGAGGAGUUCGAAGGCUCCUUGGAUUACAAUCACGACGAGUGGAUCGAGCUGCGAGUCUCCCUGGAGGAAUUCUUCAACAGCGCCGUCCACUUACUGUCCCGGCUGGAGGACCUGCAGGAGAUGCUGGCCAGGAAGGAGUUCCCGGUGGACGUGGAGGGGUCUCGGAGGUUAAUAGAUGAACACACCCAGCUGAAGAAGAAGGUGAUGAAGGCUCCGGUGGAGGAACUGGACCGGGACGGCCAGAGGCUGCUGCAGUGCAUCCGCUGCGGGGACGGCUUCUCGGGCAGGAACUGUAUCCCAGGGGGCGCGGACUUCCAAAGUCUGGUGCCAAAGAUUACCAGCCUCCUGGACAAGCUGCACUCCACCCGCCAGCACCUGCACCAGAUGUGGCACGUCCGCAAACUCAAGCUGGACCAGUGCUUCCAGCUACGGCUGUUCGAGCAGGAUGCCGAGAAGAUGUUCGAUUGGAUCACUCACAACAAGGAGGUUUUCCUGCAGGGUCACACGGAGAUCGGAAUGAGCUACCAGCACGCCCUCGACCUGCAGACCCAGCACAACCACUUCGCCAUGAAUUCCAUGAAUGCCUACGUCAACAUCAAUCGCAUAAUGUCUGUGGCCUCCCGCCUGAUAGAAGCCGGGCACUACGCCUCGCAGCAGAUCAAGCAGAUCUCCACUCAGCUGGACCAGGAGUGGAAAAGCUUUGCGGCAGCGCUGGACGAGAGGAGUACCAUCCUGGCCAUGUCCGCCGUGUUCCAUCAGAAGGCUGAGCAGUUCCUGUCCGGUGUGGACACGUGGUGUAAGCUGUGUAAUGACGGGGGUCUCCCUUCUGAGAUGCAGGGACUGGAGAUCGCGAUACAUCAUCACCAGACGCUGUACGAGGAGGUGACGCAGGCGUAUACAGAGGUCAGUCAGGACGGGAAGGCUUUGCUGGAUGUCUUGCAGCGUCCCCUCAGCCCGGGGAACUCCGAAUCUCUCACGGCCACUGCCAACUACUCCAAGGCCGUGCACCAGGUUCUGGACGUUGUCCACGAGGUUCUGCACCACCAGCGGCGUUUAGAAAGUAUAUGGCAGCACCGCAAAGUGCGUCUACACCAGCGGCUCCAGCUCUGCGUCUUUCAGCAGGACGUGCAACAGGUCCUGGACUGGAUCGAGAAUCACGGAGAAGCGUUCCUCAGUAAACACACUGGAGUGGGCAAAUCCCUGCAUCGGGCACGGGCGCUGCAGAAGAGGCACGAUGACUUUGAGGAAGUCGCACAGAACACGUACACCAAUGCCGAUAAGUUGCUGGAGGCGGCGGAGCAGCUGGCACAGACCGGCGAAUGUGACCCGGAGGAGAUCUACAAGGCGGCCCGGCACCUGGAGGUGCGGAUCCAGGACUUUGUCCGCAGGGUGGAGCAGAGGAAGCUACUGCUGGACAUGUCCGUCUCCUUUCACAGUCACACCAAGGAGCUCUGGACGUGGAUGGAGGACCUUCAGAAGGAGUUGUUGGAGGACGUGUGCGCGGACUCUGUAGACUCCGUCCAGGAACUCAUCAAACAGUUUCAGCAGCAGCAAACAGCCACACUGGAUGGGACCCUCAAUGUCAUAAAGGAAGGAGAGGAUCUCAUCCAACAACUCAGGGACUCGGCGGUGUCCAGCAAUAAGACUCCGCACAACAGCUCCAUCAGUCACAUUGAGUCAGUUCUGCAGCAGCUGGACGAGGCUCAGGUUCAGAUGGAAGAAUUGUUUCACGAGAGGAAGAUAAAGCUGGACAUCUUCCUGCAGCUGCGCAUAUUUGAGCAGUACACAAUCGAGGUGACAGCUGAGCUGGACGCCUGGAACGAGGAUCUUCUACGUCAGAUGAACGACUUCAACACAGAGGAUCUAACCCUGGCAGAGCAGCGGCUGCAGCGGCACAAAGAGCGGAAACUAGCCAUGAACAACAUGACAUUCGAAGUCAUCCAGCAGGGGCAGGACCUUCACCAGUACAUCAUGGAGGUGCAAGCGUCAGGCAUUGAGCUGAUCUGUGAGAAGGACAUCGACCUCGCCACUCAGGUGCAGGAACUGCUGGAAUUCCUCCACGAGAAGCAGCACGAGCUGGACCUGAACGCCGAUCAGACCCACAAGCGCCUGGAGCAGUGUCUACAGCUCCGCCAUCUACAAGUUGAAGUCAAGCAGGUGUUGGGAUGGAUCCGCAACGGGGAGUCCAUGCUAAACGCCAGCCUGGUGAACGCCAGCUCCUUGUCCGAGGCCGAGCAGCUCCAGAGGGAACACGAGCAGUUCCAGAUGGCGAUUGAGUCCCUCUUCCAUGCCAGCUCCUUACAGAAGACACAUCAGAGCGCCCUGCAGGUGCAGCAGAAGGCCGAAGCGCUGCUCCAGGCCGGCCAUUACGAUGCCGAUGCCAUCAGGGAGUGUGCAGAGAAGGUGGCCAUGCACUGGCAGCAGCUGAUGUUAAAGAUGGAGGACAGGCUGAAGCUGGUCAACGCCUCGGUUGCCUUCUACAAAACCUCUGAACAGGUGUGCAGCGUCCUGGAAAGUCUGGAACAGGAAUAUCGCAGGGACGAGGACUGGUGCAGAGGACACGAUAAACUGGGACCGGCAGCCUCUGAUGUGGAUCAUGUGAUGCCGCUGAUCAGCAAGCACUUAGAGCAAAAAGAAGCCUUCCUAAAGGCCUGCACGUUGGCGCGGAGAAACGCUGAGGUCUUCUUAAAAUACAUUCACCGUAACAACGUCAGCAUGCCGGGAGGGGCCCCCCACACACGAGGGCCUGAGCAACAGGUCAAAGCCAUCCUCAGUGAGCUGCUGCAGAGGGAGAACCGGGUGCUGCACUUUUGGACCCUGAAGAAGAGGCGUCUGGACCAGUGCCAGCAGUACGUGGUGUUUGAAAGAAGUGCCAAGCAGGCUUUGGACUGGAUUCAGGAGACCGGAGAACACUUCCUCUGCUCUCACACCCGCACCGGGGACUGUCUGGAGGAGACUCAGGGGCUGCUGAAGGAAUAUGAGGACUUCCGCCAUCCUGCUAAGCAAACUAAGGAGAAGGUCCGACUUCUGAUCCAGCUGGCGGACAGUUUCGUGGAGAAAGGACACGUCCACGCCACGGAGCUGAAGAAAUGGGUGACCACCGUGAACAAGCAUUACCGGGACUUUGCCAUGCGGAUGGGGAAAUACCAGUGUUCACUGCAGAGGGCCCUGGGCAUCAGCACCGAGGAUAAUAAAGAUCUAGAACUUGACAUCGUUCCGGCCAUUCUGACCGACCCGGAGGUGAAGUUACGGGACGCCGGCCAUGAAGUCAAUGAGGAGAAGAGGAAAUCUGCCAGGAAAAAAGAGUUUAUAAUGGCGGAGCUCCUCCAGACUGAGAAAGCCUAUGUCCGGGACCUGCACGAGUGUAUGGAGACAUACCUGUGGGAGAUGACCAGCGGUGUAGAGGAGAUCCCGCCCGGGAUUGUUAAUAAGGAACACAUCAUUUUCGGGAAUAUUCAGGAAAUCUAUGAUUUUCACAACAACAUUUUUCUAAAGGAGUUGGAGAAAUAUGAGCAACUUCCGGAAGACGUCGGACAUUGUUUUGUCACAUGGGCCGACAAGUUCCAGAUGUAUGUGACGUACUGUAAGAAUAAGCCGGACUCCAGUCAGCUGAUCCUGGAACACGCCGGCAGCUUCUUUGACGAGAUCCAGCAAAGACACGGACUGGCCAACUCCAUCUCCUCCUAUCUCAUCAAACCUGUACAAAGGAUCACAAAGUAUCAGCUGCUGCUCAAGGAGCUUCUAACCUGCUGUGAGGAGGGUAAAGGCGAGCUUAAGGACGGCCUGGAGGUGAUGCUCAGCGUGCCAAAGAAAGCCAAUGACGCCAUGCACGUCAGCAUGCUGGAAGGGUUUGACGAGAACCUGGACGUCCAGGGCGAGCUCAUCCUCCAGGACUCCUUCCAGGUCUGGGACCCCAAAUCUCUGAUCCGCAAGGGGCGGGACCGGCACCUCUUCCUGUUUGAGAUCUCUCUGGUAUUCAGCAAAGAGAUAAAAGACUCGACGGGACACACAAAAUAUGUUUACAAGAACAAGCUGCUGACCUCUGAGCUGGGGGUGACGGAGCACGUCGAGGGGGACUCUUGUAAGUUCGCCUUGUGGUCGGGCCGCACGCCAUCUUCCGAUAAUAAAACCGUGCUGAAGGCGUCAAGUAUAGAAGUAAAACAGGAGUGGAUCAAAAACAUCCGGGAGGUGAUUCAGGAGAGGAUGAUCCACCUGAAAGGAGCCUUAAAGGAGCCAAUCCAACCCCCGAAGACCCCGGCCAAACAGAGGAACAACAGCAAGAGAGAUGGACUUGAAGAUCUGGACAGUCAGGGUGACGGCAGCAGCCAGCCGGACACCAUCUCCAUCGCCUCUCGGACGUCACAGAACACUGUGGACAGCGACAAGUUGUCGGGGGGCUGCGAGCUGACCACCGUGUUGCAGGAUUUCAUCGCCAUUCACAACAACGAGCUGAGCAUCCAGGUGGGGCAGACGGUGGAGCUGCUGGAGAAGCCGAGCGACCGACCCGGAUGGUGCCUGGUCCGGACCACCGACAGGAGCCCCCCGCAGGAAGGCCUGGUCCCCAGCAGCGCCCUCUGCAUCUCUCAUUCCCGCAGCAGUGUGGAGAUGGAGUGCUUCUUCCCAGCAGGAAAAGAUGCGUUUUCUGUCUCCGGGGGAGAAAAUGGGGGCAAGACCGAUUCAGUGGCCAAUUUACAGCCGCAUUCCUCGCUGAAUUCGAUCCAGAGCUCGCCGGGGCCCAAGCGCUCCACGAACACGCUGAAGAAGUGGCUCACGAGUCCGGUGCGGCGGCUGAACAGCGGGAAGGCCGAGAGCAACAUCAAGAAACAGAAGAAACGAGCGGGAAACCUGGGCUCCCCCAGAUCCAACGACGACACCACGCCGCAAGGGGACAGCGCCGACGAGAAGGGUAAGAGAGGAUGGGAUGAAGAGGCCGAUGAUGAUUCGCACACCCCUCUCCCUCCACCCAUGAAGAUCUUUGAUAAUGAGCCAGCACCUGAUGACAAGCCUUCCUUACUUGUGGCCCGACAGAGCUCUGCAGACGUCCCCAGCGCCGCUGAGCUGGUCAGUGCCAUAGAGAACCUGGUCAGGAACAAGAUGACCAUCGAUGGCGGCUCCUACAGAAGCCCUCAGAUCAGCUCUGUGACUGACGGCUACAAUAAUGAAGGAAUGUCCCCGCCGCCCACCCCAAGGAACCUCGAGGAGGAGCAGAAGGCGAAGGCUCUGAGGGGGCGAAUGUUUGUAUUAAAUGAGUUGGUGCAGACAGAGCGGGACUACGUGAAGGACCUGGGUGUAGUGGUGGAGGGCUUCAUCCCCAGGAUAGAAGAGAAAGGACAGUCAGAGGACAUGAACGGGAAGGAAAAGAUAGUGUUUGGUAACAUUCACCAGAUCUACGACUGGCACAAAGAUUUUUUUCUGGGGGAGCUGCAGAAAUGUCUCCCGGAGCCAGAGCGGCUGGCCCAGCUUUUCAUUAAACACGAGAGGAAGCUGCACAUGUACGUGGUCUACUGCCAGAACAAACCGCGCUCCGAAUAUAUAGUCGCUGAGUACGAUUCCUUCUUUGAGGAGGUAAAGCAGGAAAUUAACCAGCGGUUCACGAUCAGUGACCUGCUCAUUAAACCGAUCCAGCGGAUCACCAAGUACCAGCUGCUGCUGAAGGACUUUCUCAAGUACAGCCAGAAGGCCGGUCUGGAGUGUGCGGAGAUUGAGAAAGCCGUGGAGUUAAUGUGCCUUGUACCGAAACGCUGCAACGACAUGAUGAACCUGGGGAGGCUUCAGGGAUUUGAGGGUAAGCUGACUGCCCAGGGGAAACUCCUCCAGCAGGACACCUUCUUCGUCAUCGAGCAGGAAUCCGGUCUCCAGUCUCGACCUAAAGAGCGGAGAGUUUUCCUGUUCGAGCAGAUCGUCAUCUUCAGUGAACUCCUCCGGAAAGGUUCCUCCACCCCGGGAUACAUGUUCAAAAGGGGCAUCAAGAUGAAUUACCUCCUUUUGGAAGAAAACAUUGACAAUGACCCCUGUAAGUUCGCUCUGAUGAGCAGGGACACCUCCGAGAGGGUCAUCCUCCAGGCCGCCAACUCAGAGAUCAAGCAGGCCUGGGUGCAGGACAUCAGCCAAGUGCUGGAGACCCAGCGAGAUUUCCUCAACGCGCUACAAUCACCCAUAGAAUACCAGCGCAAGGAAAGCAACGCAGCCAUGAACAAGCCGCAGAUGAGCCGGGCGCCCACCCCCAGCAACAGACCCCUCUCCACCACCCCCAUGGGCUCGGAAAAGUGCAUCAACCUACCUACCCGGAAUCAGUCGUUACCGCAACGGAAAAUACCUACCUCCAACGGCAGCCCAGGGUAUGAUCUAUACCAGCCGGCAGAGAAGUACGAUGUCAGCCAGAACGAGCUGGCCGGGUGUAACGGGACCAACGCCAUGGCUGUUAUCCAAGAUUACUAUGCACUGAAGGAGAACGAGAUCUGCGUCUACCAAGGGGAAAUUGUACAAGUCCUGGCCAUCAACCAGCAGAACAUGUUCCUUGUCUACCGGCCGUCCAAUGACCACUCGCCGGCGGCCGAAGGCUGGAUCCCUGGCUCCAUUUUGGGGCACAUUACUAAACCUUCUGCUGACAGUAACGACAGAAGCAUCAAGAAGUCAUGUUCUUGGCACACGCUCCGCAUGAGAAAACGGGACGGCAAGGAGGCAAACGGCCAGUGUAAAACCGUGGAGGGUCUGGGCAGCAAGGUGAAAGUGAGUAAGGAGCCGGACCCGGCGGGUCAGAUCACCACAUCCCGCUCCUCCUGCAGGACGCAGGAUCAUAACAGCUCCGAGGAGUCCGAGUGCGACGACUUCGACCCCAGCGCUAGUAUGGAGAUCAUGAAUCCAAACUUCAUCCAGGAAGUGGCCCCGGAGUUCCUCCUAAACCUGGCGGACUUCAUCUGUGUGGUGGGCGACACCGUGACCCUGCACUGCAAAGUGUGCGGGCGACCAAAGCCGAAUAUCACGUGGAGGGGCCCGGAUCAGAGCGUCCUGGACGGCGACAGCAGCUCCUACACCAUGACGGCCAGUGAGUCUGGAGACAUCAGACUGAGGAUCUGUAACCUCAUGCCUCAGGACAGCGGCAUCUACACCUGCGUGGCGACAAAUGAGCUGGGCUCCGCCUCCACGUCCGCCACUAUCAAAGUACAAGGUGUCCCCGGGGCCCCCAGCCAGCCCAUCGCUCAGGAAAGAAGCAGCACCUCUGUCAUCCUCCGCUGGCUGCCGCCCUCCAGCACCGGCAACUGCACCAUAUCGGGGUACACAGUGGAGUAUAAGGAUGAGGGUUCCCCGGUUUGGCAGCAAUCGGUCGCCUGCACCCUGGACACUUACCUUGUGCUGGAAGACCUGAGGCCGGGGGGCACCUACCAGUUCAGAGUCAGCGCCAGCAACCCCUGGGGCAUCAGCCUCCCCAGUGACCCCUCCGAGCCCGUCCAACUGCCCGAGAAUGAUGCCAACGCAGACGGGUCCGCCAUAUGCUGGAAGGAGAACUUUGAGCAAAUGUACCUGGAGCAGCAGGAGAUAGGAAGGGGACGGUUUUCUGUAGUGAAGAAAUGUGUCCAGAAGAAUUCCCGCAAGGACGUGGCCGUGAAAUUUGUCAGCAAGAAACUAAAGAAGCGAGAACAAGCGGCGCACGAGGCGGCCCUGCUCCAGCACCUGCAGCACCCGCAGUACAUCACCGUGCACGACACCUACGAGUCUGCCACCUCCUACAUCCUCGUCCUGGACUUGAUGGAGGAUGGGCGUCUGCUGGAUUAUCUCAUGAACCACGAUGAGUUGAUGGAGGAGAAGGUGGCUUUUUUUGUCCGGGACAUCAUGGGCGCCCUCCAGUACCUGCACAGCUGCCGAGUUGCCCAUCUAGACCUCAAGCCUGAAAACCUGAUGAUUGACCUGCGGAUCCCGGUGCCACGUGUGAAGAUCAUCGACCUGGAGGACGCCGUGCAGAUCACCGGCCAUUAUUACAUCCACCAUCUCCUGGGAAACCCGGAAUUUUCUGCCCCUGAGAUCAUCAAGGGGAUGUCGGUGUCCCUGGCCACGGAUAUCUGGAGUCUGGGGGUACUGACGUACGUCAUGCUGAGCGGUGUCUCGCCGUUCCUGGAUGAGAGCAGCGAGGAGACGUGUAUGAACAUCUGCCACGUGGACUACUCCUUCCCCCUGGAGUAUUUCGCCAGCGUCAGUCAGGCGGCUCAGGACUUCAUCAGGGCCGCACUGCAGGAGGACGUGCGCUGGAGGCCCACCGUGGCCACGUGCCUUCUCCAUCCGUGGCUUCAGCCCCAUUACAGUAACUACUCCAAGGUCCCCCUGGACACGACACGACUGACGACAUUUAUAGAAAGGCGUAAACACCAGAAUGACGCCCGACCGCUGCCCAACGCCAAGAGCUUCAUCGUCAGCCGCAGUGCGACGGGGACAUGAAGGGCCACACAGCCACGUUACUGAUUCAUAGAUGGAGACUCAGCCAUGGAGGCAUCUCAGUACAGUCAUAAGCCAAAUCUGUGGCUCCGGGGGGCGUGUCCUCGCCGCCACAUUCGCCACGUUCUUUGUGAAUUAUUCUUUUUAUGAUUCGGUGCUGUCCAAUGAAAGGGUUAACCCAUUGUGCUGCUAUGGUCACAUGACCCAGGUGGUUCUUACACACUGGAUGACGAUUGGCGCUAUUUACUACGUACCGUAAAUAUCUGGCGUCUCGUGAAACAAUCCCACUGGAACUGAGAUCGGAGACAUCACUGUGCGAUGGAUGGAUGCGGCCCCCUCCCCCGACCAUUCUGAUGUAGAGACGUCUUUAUUUAUUUGUGACUGUGAAGUCUGUGGGAAUGAAGGGGUUAAAGGUAGCCGGCCCAUAGAGCGGUGCGGAGUAUGACCUCACAUCUACACUCACCGGAGGAGCCUUAGAUAUCAUCUCAUAGAGACAUUAUGAGGGAAUGUACCAUGUUACGCUGCCACAUGGGGAGGUCCACACUGGACUCUCUGAAGCCAUCACUGAGUUUUGUGCCAAAUCUGUGAUUAUAGAUCGGAUUGGUAACAGAGGCUUAAUGGUAUAAUCCACCCCCAAAAUAGGAUCAAAAUACAGUGAUGGUAAUGGUAUAUUCCACCCUGAAAUGGGGUCAAUAUACAGUAAUGGUAUAAUCCACCCCAAAAUGGGGGCAAAAUACAGUAAUGGUAAUA